AUGGAGCCUAUCUCUGCUGUCAUAGGCAUUAUGGCUGCGCUGCCACAAGCCAUUCAGUCAGCGAAAGAGCUGUAUGACCUCCGUUCCCGAUACAAAGACGCAUCUGUCUUGAUCACCGCGAUAUACUCUGAGAGCAUGGUCAUCGCCGCCUCUCUCAGCCAAGUACAGAACCUCCUGAAUCACGAUGCCUUACAAAGCAAGCCACAAUUGCUCGAGACAUUCGACCGCGCACUCACAGGAUGUCGAGUUGUGUACGGAUGCUUGGAAGAGGAGGUGCGUGAUCUAGUAGUAAAAGCAGAGGCGGAUGACCUGAAGUUCAAGGACCGGGCCAAGUUCUUGUGGAAAGAGGACACCUUCAAAGAGCUGUUGACACAGAUACGAGGACAGCAAUCGGCUUUGAGUUUGCUCAUACAAGGCUUGCAAAUGGAAUCAAUUGCCGAUAUCCGAAAGCUGGUGGAGGAAAACAGUGUGACGCUUGAUAGAGUUGUCAAGCGAUCGAGAACGCUACGACUAUCACAUCCACGUGUGCACGUCCCAGAGUCCUUGUUUAGCACGUCUCACGACAAGGAAGACGCUGUUGAUGCCGUUUCACUUGCCAAAUCGACCGAGUUCGCGUUCGACGAUGAAGUGGUAAAUUCGAAGGCCUAUAGACGGGCGAUGCACCUGUAUACAUCCACACUCGAAAUCGACCAACGUGUGACUAGUGUCACGGCGGUCGUGAGCGACCUGCCACCAGCGUACGAACCUCCAUCUCAGAAAAUGGAUGAGAAGCAGACCUCUAUAAUUGCGCACAAGUCCAUUCCCACGGAGCCUGUUGAAAGGGAAGUGAAGGUGGAAGAAACCAAAUUGUUCCCGAAGACUACAAUUCCCGAGUUACAAGAAGUUCGCACUGCCUCCUCGGAUGACAGCAUAGACGCUUCAGUGGCGUCGUCAGUACUGUCCAACGUCUCGUUAUCGCCUCUGCAGAACGCUAAGAUGCAUAAUGUAUGGCUCUCAAUUAUCGAUGCUGAGCAAAAUUUUGUCGAUCAAAUGUUGAAAUUCAGGAAAAUGUUUUAUGACAAUGUUCUGCGACAGUGGCCUCAGCUCAAACAGCACCUAGGGGCCAUCAUUGUUAGCGAACAGCUUGCGGCUCUUAAUAAAGCCACUUUGCUACAGAGUAUGGAACAACAAGUAUCCGGGUCAGGAGAAAGCAUCUGUGACUCAACCGUCUUUGAACAAUGGGCGAACCAAGCCCACAAGUUGUAUCGCGAGUAUUGUCAGGCGAUGCCGCAUACAGCGUCGUCGUUGCGCACUACGCAAAAUCUGGAUGCGAAAUUCGACCCCUUCGUCAACACCGUCGGGUUGAGCCUAGCUUGGUUUGGCAUGGGCUGGGAAGACUACCUCAAGCUGCCAAUGUCGCAAUUGAAUCUGUAUAUCGAGAAGCUUGAGAGCCUUGUGUCCAUUGCUGAGGGCCUAGAUGAGCCUGCUGCUUUCAACGAGACAAUCCGUUUGAAACGUACCGUGGCAGCUGUGCGAUGGCUCAGCACGAUGGCCUCCAGCAUCCUAUCCGGUGCGGAGGGAAGAGAAGAAACCAAGAAUUUGGAAAAACUAAUUUAUACCAUGGACUCCGAUAUUUUCUCGCAGCUUCAUUUGCUCGACUCGACUCGCCGUGUAAAGCAUCAAGGCAAGAUGGCAAUCAAGAUGAAGAGUCAGGGCUCUUGGCAAGCUGUUCAUGUCAUCUUGUUAGACAACUUCUUACUCUGGGGCAAGGUGAAGCCACAGAAGAAGAACAAGGGAGACAGGAUCUUGGUGUUGGACACUCCUAUCGCUAUCGACGAUUUGGAUUUUACAAUGCCAUGCGAAGACCAUCAGUUCCAGAAGACUACCAUGUUCGACGACAUACCUCGAGGAUCAGUCCUGUAUAUAAUCACUGUCAAGAGGAAAACUGGGGACUCCAUGCCUCACAUGCUUGGUGCAUUCGGUUUCCAGGAACGAAACAUAUGGUUAGAGCAUUUCACUGCUGCUACCGGACGCCAGAACCAAACGUAG